UGAACGAAGGGGGCGUGGCUACAGCCUCUCUAAAGCACCGCUGUCCGCCACAGCAGUCAGCUGGGGAGAGGCAGGCGUGUGCGCGCGCGCGUGCCCACCAACAGGGAAGCGAAGCGCAAGCCGAGCAGGACCCCGUACACAAGCGCAGGCUACAAGUCGAGGAGAAUUCGACCCACUACAUCCAUUUCGCCCCUAUCAUGACCGAGUCAUCGGAUUCAGAUGGCAAGGAGGGCGCGAGGGGAUUCGCCAGGCAGGGCGCGCUGAGGCAGAAGAACGUGCACGAAGUGAAGGACCACAAGUUCAUCGCGCGCUUCUUCAAGCAGCCGACCUUCUGCAGCCACUGCACCGACUUCAUCUGGGGUUUCGGCAAACAAGGCUUCCAGUGUCAAGUGUGCUGUUUUGUGGUUCACAAACGCUGCCAUGAGUUUGUUCACUUCUCCUGCCCAGGGGCCGACAAGGGCCCUGCAUCAGACGUAAGUAAAGACCCUCGCAAAAAGCAUUGGUUCAAGGUACACACAUACACCAGUCCCACAUUCUGUGACCACUGUGGAUCUCUACUGUACGGCCUCAUACACCAAGGGAUGAAAUGUGGAAGUUGUCUGAUGAAUAUUCAUAAGCGAUGCGUUAAGAAUGUUCCCAGCCUGUGUGGAACAGACCACACUGAGAAGAGAGGGAGGCUGCGUUUCUCUGCUAGUAUCACAGACAAUGUUCUCAGUGUGUCCGUCAAGGAGGCUCGUAACUUGGUGCCAAUGGAUCCAAGCGGGCUGUCAGAUCCAUACGUGAAGCUCAAAUUAAUUCCAGAUCCAAAGGGCGAGAGCAAGCAGAAGACCAAAACCAUCAAGGGCUGCCUCAAUCCAGUCUGGAACGAAGACUUCACCUUUGCCCUCAAAGACACGGAUAAAGACAGACGUCUGUAUGUGGAGCUGUGGGAUUGGGAUCGGGCCAGCAGGAAUGACUACAUGGGCUCCAUGUCUUUUGGCAUCUCCGAGCUGAUGAAACAAAGUGUGGACGGAUGGUUUAAGAUUCUCGCUUGUGAGGAAGGGUUCUUUUUCAACGUUCCUGUUUAUGUAGAUGAAGAGGAGGGCAACGAGGAGCUGAGAAAGAGAUUUGAGAGAGCCAAGAUUGGCCCGGGUACUAAGAAUACAGAUGGCGCUUCAAAAAAUGACCUCUCCAAAUAUGAUGCCAAUGGCAACCAAGACCGCAUGAAGCUCACAGACUUCAACUUCAUUAUGGUGCUCGGCAAAGGCAGCUUUGGCAAGGUGAUGCUUGCAGAGCGGAAAGGCUCAGACGAGCUGUACGCGGUAAAGAUCUUGAAGAAGGAUGUGGUGAUUCAGGAUGAUGAUGUGGAGUGCACCAUGGUGGAGAAGAGGGUUCUGGCUCUGUCUGGAAAACCACCGUUCCUCACGCAUCUCCACUCCUGCUUCCAGACCAUGGACCGUCUUUACUUUGUGAUGGAGUAUAUCAGCGGUGGAGACCUGAUGUUUCAGAUACAACAAGCGGGAAAGUUUAAGGAGCCCCUCGCUGUAUUCUAUGCCGGAGAGAUUGCCAUUGGCCUGUUCUUUCUUCAUUCUAAGGGCAUUAUUUACAGAGAUCUGAAGCUGGAUAAUGUGAUGUUGGACUCUGAAGGCCACAUAAAGAUUGCAGAUUUUGGCAUGUGCAAAGAGAACAUGUUUGAUGGAGACACAACAAAAACCUUCUGUGGCACUCCAGAUUACAUCGCCCCAGAGAUCAUUGCAUAUCAGCCGUAUGGAAAGUCUGUUGACUGGUGGGCUUAUGGAGUUCUCCUGUAUGAAAUGCUGGCAGGACAGCCUCCUUUUGAUGGUGAGGAUGAAGAUGAGCUGUUCCAGUCCAUCAUGGAGCAUCACGUGUCUUACCCCAAAUCCAUGUCCAAAGAAGCAGUGGCCAUAUGCAAGGGGCUGAUGACCAAGCAUCCCGGUAAACGUCUGGGCUGUGGACUGGAGGGCGAACGGGACAUUAAAGAGCAUGCUUUCUUCCGUUUCGUGGACUGGGAAAGACUGCAAAACAAGGAAGUUCAACCUCCAUACAAACCCAAAUCUAAAAAUCGCCACGACACGGGCAACUUCGACAAGGAGUUCACCAAGAUGGCGGUUGAGUUGACGCCAACCGAUAAACUCUUCAUCAUGAAUCUGGACCAAAACGAAUUCCAAGGCUUCUCCUACACCAACCCUGAGUUUGUCAUUCAGGUUUAACAGCAAACUCUAAACGAUCGCUCCGUAUAUGUGCCGUAUACAGACAUGAGAAGGAGGCACAGAAAGCAUUAUUAGGUCCCUGUGCAUCUCCAUUGUCCUCUAUCUCUCUCUCUUCACUUUAAAAGGCACAAAGCAAGCAGGAUCAUACUGAACCAAACCAGGAUUAAACUCAGUCUCAACCAAUGCCUCAGAACGAGAGAGAGAGAGUGUGCGCGAGCGGUUGUAAAAGAGUGUAUUCAUAGUCUCCAUGAGAAUGUCUCGUCUUUUCAUCUCCAUGAGAAUUAUCCUACCUCUUUCUUUUCUACAUUCACCCCAUGUAGUCAAUCUGCUGUUUUCCUGCGGCGCUUCAUUCUGCCUCACAACAUGCGGCACUAAUGGCUUUUUCCAGAGCUAAUUACGUCUUACGCAACCUUAAAAUCUGCUUUAAAUUAGUCAAACAUUGUGAUCUCCGUUCUAAGGCAAGUCCUAGUGGAUCAGUGGAUGAUGGAUACGCAAAUUUCAUUGUAAUAUGUAUUUUAAUACAUUUGCAUUACCGUUAGCAUAUCAAUCAAUCGAAUAAUCAUUAACACUUUACAUUGAGAUUGUAUUAGUUAAUAUUAGUUAAUGUAUUUACUAAUACAAUACAGUAUUUAUUCAUCUUCGUUAACGUUAGUUAAUGUAAAUAAAGUUCAUGUUAACUCACGGUGCAUUAACUAAUGUUAUCAAGCAUCAAUUUGGAUAUUAAUAAUGCAGUAGUAAAUGCUGAACUAUGAAUAUUAAAUGCUGUACAAGUAUUCAUUAUUGGUUCAUGUUAGUAAAUACAAUAACUGACUAUACCUAAUGAACCCUUAUUGUAAAGUGUGAGCAAAUAAUGGCAUGUUUGAAGUGUUUGCUAUUUGCAUAUUGGGCUCUGUUCAUAGGAUGCUUUAACAAGGGAUUAAUUAUUCAUUUACAUGCAACUCAAAAUCACAUGGAUAAAGCUUUGAAAAUCACACUUUUUUCACUAGACUUUAGUAAUGGCAGAAAUAUGUUGGUAUGUGAUUUAUCCAUUAGGUAAAUCCAACAGUAAAAUAAUCUUAAAUAAAUAUUCAUGCCAUUUGAAAGCGAGUAUCACUGUUAUUAGCUUUCUUUUAAUGAUGUAUAGUUUUUUGUAUAUGUCCAAAUUAAUUUGCUGUUAUUAAUCAGGUCAUAUAAAGAAUUUAACGUUUAUAAUGUUGAAGGAAAAACUAUUAGCCCUCCUGUGAAAUUUCAAAUAUUUCCCGGUCGCAAAACACGUUUAAACACAUUUUAAUAACUAUUUUCUUUUGUCUUUACCAUAAUGAAUGUACAUAUUUUACUGGUUAUUUUGCAAGA